AUGGCCCAGGACAUAGCCCCGGCUAAAGGCUGCAAGCUGCCCCGGAGCUCCGGCUCCAGGAGAGAGGGCAAGAGCCGCACUGUCCGCUCCAACCUGCUGCCGCUCGGCCCGAAAGGCAACGACCAGCCCCGGAGGCUGCACGCCAGCAACCGACUCAAGACCACCAAGUACACGCUGCUCUCCUUCCUGCCCAAGAACCUCUUCGAGCAGUUCCACCGCUUCGCCAAUGUCUACUUUGUCUUCAUCGCCCUCCUGAACUUCGUGCCCAUCGUCGGCGCCUUCCAGCCCGAGCUGGCACUGACCCCUGUAGUCUUCAUCCUGGCUGUGACUGCAUUGAAGGAUCUGUGGGAGGAUUACAGGAGGUACAGGUCUGACCAAGAGAUCAACCACAUGGACUGCCUCGUUUACUGCAGGAAUGAGAAAAAGUAUGUGGAAAAAUACUGGAAAGAAGUUCAAGUUGGGGAUUUUGUUCGCCUGCGUUGCAAUGAAAUAAUUCCUGCCGAUAUCCUGCUGCUGUACUCCAGUGAUCCCGAUGGACUUUGCCAUAUCGAGACUGCUAAUCUGGAUGGAGAGACCAACCUCAAACAGCGACAGGUUAUUAAGGGUUUCACCGAGCUGGAAACAGAAUUUGACCCCAUGAAGUUUAACAGUGUGAUAGAAUGUGAAAAGCCACACAAUGAUCUGAACCGAUUUCGAGGAUAUAUAGUAUACAAAAAUGGAAAGAAAGCUGGACUUUCUAAAGACAACCUCUUACUUCGGGGAUGCACUGUCAGAAAUACUGAAGAAGUUGUGGGGAUCGUAAUCUAUGCAGGUCAUGAGACUAAAGCUAUGUUAAACAAUAAUGGACCACGUUACAAACGCAGCAAGCUGGAGAGACAAAUGAAUGUAGAUGUCUUCUGGUGUGUGAUCAUUCUUUUUGUGAUGUGCCUUUUCUCAGCUAUUGGCCAUGGACUCUGGGUGGCACAGUAUGAUGAUGAGCGGCCAGUAUUUGAUGUUCCCAGCAGUGAUGGCAAAGCUUUAUCUCCUGCUUUAUCUGGAUUAUAUUUGUUCUUCACAAUGAUAAUUGUCCUACAGGUGUUGAUUCCAAUCUCACUGUAUGUAUCCAUUGAGAUUAUUAAAAUUUGCCAAGUGUUUUUCAUCCAUCAAGAUGUGGACCUGUAUGAUGAAGAGACUGAUUCUCGUCUGCAAUGCCGGGCACUAAACAUCACAGAAGAUCUGGGACAAAUACAGUAUAUUUUCUCUGACAAAACUGGAACGCUCACUGAAAAUAAAAUGGUGUUCCGAAGAUGUACAGUGGCAGGGGUUGAAUACUCUCAUGACGCUAAUGCAAAGAGAUUGGCCAUGUACCAAGAGCCUGACUCCGAAGACGAGGAAUGUAUGUCUAAAUGGGGAACCAUUCCAAGGUGCGACAGCACGUCCAGUCACCAGAGUGCCAAAUUUGUUCACCGAACACAAAGCACCAAAUCUCAUCGGCGUACAGGCAGCAGGGCAGAGGCUAAGAGGGCCAGCAUUCUCUCCAAGCACACUGCUUUCAGCAGCCCCAUGGAAAAAGAUAUCACUCCUGAUCCUCAAUUAUUGGAAAAGGUGAAUGAAUGUGCUGGUCAGCUGGAAGCUUUGAGACAACAUGGUCACCCGUUGAGCUAUCUGACCCCUGAACUAUCUGACAUCAUUGACUUUUUUAUAGCAUUGACUGUCUGCAACACCGUGGUGGUUUCAUCUCCCAAUCAACCACGACACAAGGCUCGCGUCCGAUUUGAGUUAAAAUCUCCAGUCAAGACUUUAGAGGAUUUCAUCAAAAGGUUUACCCCCAGCCGCCUGACUUCAGGUUCUAACAGCAGCAGCUCGUCCAGUCUUUCCACCAGCAAGUCACUCUACAGAGUCUCGUCCAGUGCCAUUUCCUCUCCUUCGGGAGACGUUACCUUGUUGAAAAUGAGUGAAGAGCUUGGCCAAUCUCCCCAGAAAGAAAAGGGCGAGAAGGUCUUGCGAACAGGUGCGGUGAGAGAUGACAAGGGCAAAGAUGGAGAGCUGAGGUAUGAGGCCGAGAGUCCAGAUGAGGCUGCUCUUGUCUACGCAGCCAGGGCCUACAACUGUGCCCUGGUUGAGAGACUACCCGAACAGGUGACCGUGGAGCUGCCCCAUGUAGGAAAGUUGGCCUUUGAACUCUUGCACACCCUGGGGUUUGACUCCACCAGGAAGCGGAUGUCGGUCGUGUUGAGGCACCCACUCACUGAUGAGAUUGUCGUUUACACCAAAGGAGCAGAUUCUGUUAUUAUGGACCUCCUUCAGCAGCCUUCCACAGAGAUUAGCACAGGCAAACGGACAAGGAAAAUCCGAAACAAAACACAGAAUUAUCUAAACCAGUACGCCACAGAUGGGCUCCGGACAUUGUGCAUCGCCAAGCGGGUCCUGCGGAAAGAAGAAUAUGCACAGUGGCUGGAAAAUCAUUUGGAGGCAGAGUCUGCGGUGGAAAAUAGGGAAGAGCUGUUGUUCCAGUCAGCAGUCCACCUGGAGACUGACCUUCAGCUGUUAGGUGCAACUGGUAUUGAAGACCGUUUGCAGGAUGGUGUUCCUGAAACGAUCUCAAAUCUACGAAAAGCUGCUUUACAGAUAUGGGUUCUGACUGGAGAUAAACAGGAAACGGCGAUCAAUAUUGCUUACGCCUGCAAGCUCCUUGGUCAUGAUGAGGAGAUUCUUACCUUGAAUGCUGAGUCGCAGGAGGCCUGUGCUGCUCUGUUGGAGCAGUGCUUGAACUACAUUGAAUCAAAGAGACCUCAGAAGAAACGGUUCAGUGUGGCUGGAAAUCCAACAGUUGACUUUAUCCCUUCAAAUAGGACUUCAGUGAGCUUGCCCACUCUGCAAGCCAACUUCAGCUUGGUCAUCGAUGGAAAGACUCUAACUUUUGCAUUGGAAAAGACAUUAGAGGACAAAUUUCUUGCAUUGGCCCAAAGUUGCCAUUCAGUGUUAUGCUGCCGCUCCACGCCAUUACAGAAAAGUAUGGUGGUUAAACUGGUCCGAGAUAAGCUGAAAGUAAUGACCUUGGCAAUAGGAGAUGGGGCUAAUGAUGUGAGCAUGAUCCAGGUUGCUGAUGUUGGAGUGGGAAUCUCUGGCCAGGAAGGGAUGCAGGCAGUAAUGGCAAGUGACUUUGCCAUUGCACGGUUUCGACAUUUACAAAAGCUCUUGCUGGUUCAUGGGCAUUGGUGUUACUCCAGGUUGGCCAACAUGGUACUCUACUUCUUCUAUAAGAAUGCAAUGUUUGUUGCUCUUCUAUUCUGGUAUCAAUUCUUCUGUGGAUUCUCAGGAUCAGCCAUGAUAGACCAGUGGUACCUUAUCUUCUUUAACCUUCUAUUCUCAUCAGUUCCUCAACUCAUCACUGGAAUACUUGAUAAGGAUGUGUCAGCAGAAACCUUGUUGGCAUUACCUCAGCUUUACAAAGGUGGACAGCAUUCGGAGGAAUACAAGCCAUACAUGUUCUGGAUGAACAUGAUUGAUGCGCUCUACCAAAGUCUGGUCUGCUUCUUCUUUCCUUAUUUGGCAUACCAGGAUUCUGAUAUUGAUGUUUUUACGUGGGGAACACCCAUCACCACGCUGGCUCUGUUCACAAUCUUAAUGCACUUGUGUAUUGAAACUAAGACUUGGACUUGGAUGCAUGUUGCCUCCAUAACUUUCAGCAUCCUGCUGUUCUUCACUGUUGCAUUAAGUUAUAAUGCAGCCUGUCCUACCUGCUACCCUCCAUCCAAUUCCUACUGGACCAUGCAGAGGUUGAUGACAGAUCCCAAGUUCUAUCUGAUUUGUAUUCUUACACCAGUGGCAGCCUUGCUACCAAGGUACACAUACCGAAUAUUUCAAGGCACGUUGUUCCCCACUCCAAUCCAGCAGGGCCGUCAGCUGGACAGACUCCAGCCCGCGGCUUUCAAUCAGGCUCACGGAUGGAACAGACAAGGCAGUUGGCCAGUCACAUCGAAACCUGACUUGGUGAUGCCACUUUCGAAGGACUCCGGGAUUGGUGCUGAUGAGUCCUCAAUCAGCACUGGCCAAAGUGUCCCCUUGGAUACAAACCAAAUCUCAAAUGGACCAUUCAGUCACCAACAUGCACCUGAGUUACAAGAAAUCAGCUUGCCGACAAUGAAGUUGACGGAAGGUGCAAAUUACUCCCUUCCAAAUGGUUGUUCAUCAUCUGUUUCUCUUCGAGAUGCACAGUCGCACUUGCACGGGCUUCAGAAACCUGGGUUAGUGACAGAGUUGUCUUGCCCAACAGAUGGAGUUCGAUUGAACGCAUGUUCUGACGUGGACCCUUCAAAUUUACAUUUACUAAACUAUCGGCCAUCAGCAGUACCUCCUAAUGACAUAGUGUGUUUUUUACAUUCCUCCUCUCACCUUGGUUUACAGACACAGACAGUGGAACGUCAAAACUCAGUGCCAGAUAACACAGAGCGAGAGUGUGGGAAACUCUCCGCAGAAGUGUUUCCAGACACUUCCCAAGCCUCAAUCUGUACGAUUCCAACAAACUCAUUGGAGGAGAGUUCUUUGGAAAUGACUCCAUUGUAACCAAUGGCCAUCUUAAGUGCCUUGAAUUUUUGCACAGUUUCAGUCUUUCUUAUAAAAUUUUAUAUUUAAUGUUAGAUCAUCUUUUCAUGAACGCUAAAUAAGAGAAUAUGUAUUUUAUAAUUUGCACAUGUGGAAUAUAGAGAAAAGUUGUGCGGAAUUUAAUAUAUAACUGACUGAACUAGUGCUUUUACCAAAAUACAGCUUGCAUGAGCAAGUUGAGCGAACAGUUCCAUAUCUCCUACUUAAAUACUGUGCCUAAACAAAUUUCUGCAUCCCAUCCCAACUUCCUUUCCCCCCUCCAAGAGUAAGAGCCCCACAGCAGAAAAUUGAGACAGCUCUGAGGUAGAGGGCAUAGUUUAAAGGUGAGAGGAGAAAGAUUUAAAAGAGAGAUAAGGGGCAACUUUUUCGCACAAAAGCUGGUGUGUGUAUAGAAUGAGCUGCCAGAGGAGGGGAUGGAGCUGGUACAACAUUUAAAAGGCAUCUGGAUUGGUACCUGAAUAAGAAGGAUUUAGAGGGACUAUGGGCCAAUUGCUAGCAAAUGGGACUAGAUUAAUUUAGGAUAUCUGGUCAGCGUGGAUGAGUUGGAUCGAAGGAUCUGUCUCCAUGCUGUAUAUCUUUAUGACUCUAAGACAAUUUGAGUUUUUUGUCUUUGUUUACACAUCAAUGAUCAAAAGGAAGCAGUUCACUAUGUUAGUGGUACCACAAAACCGAGCAGAAAAUGUCACAAUAUUAUGAAGUCUGAAACCUAUCAGGAUCCCCCACCCCCAAACUAAUAAUACCUGUUAUGUAUGCAACACACUGUAAUAUAUACAACACUCCCUUCACACUGUUUGCUGAUGAGAACUUGAGUUAGUAAUGGAAACAGCCAUUUGUAAGCCUCUCACGCUGUAGUUGCGUCCCUCUCCACCCUGCCUCCUGUCCCUGUGCAUGUAGCAAUGCAACGUCUUCUGAAGAUGCUCACGCAGCAGCAGGAGUAGAUCACUUGCCCAUGCUGCCCUGUGAGAUCGUGGCUGAUCUGCAUAUGCCUGCUUUGGCUAUUUACUACCUUUCCUAUAGCUUACUGAGCUUGGCUAACACAAUAACUUGAAGUCUGUGUUGUGUGAGAAUGAGUUCCAUAUUUCUAGCACUUCUGGUAUUAAGAAUUGAUUCCUAAUUUCUCUACUGAAUGGUCUGGUCUCAUUUUAAGGCUAUAGGUUUAGCUCGCAUAAGUAGUCGCCAUUGUCCCAGAGGACCAUAAGGCUGCUGUCUCAUGAGAGAUAAAGAGACAACUAGUGAUGAGUUUAACUUGAAGGUCACCUUGCCUCAAGUGAGAAAUGAGCUUGAGAAGGCAGGACCUUCAUGGUAAUUUUAGUUGACCCCAUAGCUCCAGUCGUCUGCCAGAAGCAAAUCCACCUUCACCUGCGCAUCACAGUUGGUUUUGAUACACUCAAAACCAAGGGAAAUUGAAACAUGCGGCAGGGAACAAGCCAUUCUGCCCAUUGAAUCAUGCUGGUGGUCUUCAGCCCCUCUAUUAUCUGACCUUAUCAGCCAAACCUUUCACUCCCUCCUCUCUUCAACCAGCUUUCCCAGAACUGCAACAUUUGUUGAAUUUUGCUACUGGAGGAGGACCAUCUUUAUUUUAAGUAAAAGAUAAAUAUGAAAUCCUCUGCUUUAAUUGCCUGGCUCAGUGCUUGCUUUUGAUUGGGGAAGAGUGCACGCACAGAGGAUAGAGAAGACGGUAUGGGAAGGUAGUAGUGGUGGGUUUCAGUUGGAGGUGAGUGUGUAAGAAACAGGUGGAAACCUAAAAGCUGAAAGACUUCCUUUCUGCCAGCUGAAAGACUUGCUGUGCUUCAAUAACUGAACUGUGUUUUGAAAUGUCUUCCUCUUACCCACACUAACCACCUCCUGCAAACAAAAAGGUGCAUUUACGAUCAUUUUGAAGACCUAUACCAGUUGGAAUAAUGAAAAACAGAAAACGUCUGUCUGAUUAGUGGCAGGAGACGGAAUAAAACAACACCAAUGUCGUUUAUAAAUGAUGAUGUGUGAGGCAGAUAGUCACACAUGGUGAAAGGUGUAAUUGUGAUGUUGCUUAUGUUUCACUCAUCAUUUCGUGCCAUCCAUUUCUGGUGCAAACUAGAGUUAAGAUAUUGUAGGAUAAAAUUACAUGUAAAUUUUGUUUGGAGACUAAGCGUUAUGGUAGCUUUGUAAUUUGGUGUUGCCUUUUUUAACCCUUGAGGUGCCAUUGAUCCCCAAGAAACAGGAAAGAGUAUUUAAUGUUUACAGGUGGUGAUGGUUUAGACUAUUUAUUAAAUGAACCCUAAAUAAGGCUAAAGAUUGUACAUAAUAGUGGGAUUAUAUUUCAGAUGUUGAAUAACGGUAAAAGAUGUUGCAAAUCGGGCCUUGUGCUGCAGCAGGAAAACUAAUAGUUCUCGUAACCCCAACUGAAGAAAUAGUGUAUUCAAUUACUAUACCCAUAAGGAGAUUACAUAGUCUAAAGGUUGCUAUGUAUUCCAUAAUAAUACUGUUGUACUGGUACCAAACAUUGCACUGACCAGCAAAUGGGGAAGCAGUGAUGUCUAAACUUGUAACCCAGUGUCCCUGUUUAAUGUUCCAAGGACAUGGGUUGAUUUGAAUGACAGAUGGUGCAAUUAGAAUUCAAUAAAAACCUGAAAUUAAAAGUUAGUUUAAUGACGACCAUGUAACCAGAGUUGUAAAAACCCAUCUGGGUUUUUCACUGGUAUCCUUUAAGGUGGAAAACUAUUGUCCUUUCCAGUCUGACCUACAUGUGACUCCAGAUCCACACCAAUGUAUUUAACUUUUAACCACUCUUUGACAUGGAGGAGAAAGUGAGGACUGCAGAUGCUGGAGAUCAGAGUUGAAAAUGUGUUGCUGGAAAAGCGCAGCAGGUCAGGCAGCAUCCA